AUGAUACAAAGGGCAAGUUCAAUAACGCUAAUGGUUACCAUUACUUUUUCAUUACUGAUACAAGUUACUUUAGCAGCUCCUUGUAAACUAAAAAUCGAUGUUCCCAAACCAACUAAAUUGAUCAGCGGUAUAAUCGAUCAAUUCAAAAUUGAAAAAAUAGCGGCCGAAUUAGAAAUCCUAUCAUAA